AUGGAGCUGAUCAGUGGAUGCGGGACAUGGAACGAAUCUAUGAUGCUAAGAGAUGUCCUGCAGAGAACAGGCUUGCAUACACUGAGUACUUCUUGCUGGAGAGGCGUGCAUUGGUGGUCCAGCAUGAAGAUGAUGUUGGAAGACAGCAGAGACCAUCACUGGGAACUGUUUAAGAAGAAGUUCUAUGCUGAGUUCUUCCCAGAUAGUGUGAGGUAUGCGAAGGAGGUUGAGUUCUUGCAGCUGAUGCAAGGAGACAUGUCAGUGUCGGAGUACGCUGAAAAGUUCAAACACUUGGGCAGAUUUCACACCCUGAAGAUGGCAGAAGACUGGCAGUGUAGAAAGUUUGAGAAUGGGUUGAGGGUGACCUCAAGCUCAUGGUGGCUCCCUCUCUAUCAAGGAAUUCCCUGCCUUGGUAGAGAAGGAGGACAUGCCAUAGAUGCGGCCAGGUGGGCCACUUCAUCAAGGAUUGCCCAGUAUAGGAGCACAGUGUCGAGGCCUUCAUCACAGCAUCACCACAUCACGAGGGGAGGUGCGAGACCACAGGCAGCUGGUCGAGUGUAUGCUGUGACGGGUGCAGAGGCAGCUGGAUCAGGUAACCUCAUCAUCGGGUCUUGUGUGAUAGCUGGUAGGAGCUUGCAUGUUCUGUUUGAUUCGGCGACACAUUCUUUUGUGUCGGAAUCUAGAGUGGUGGAGUUGGGUCUUCCGGUGAAGGAGCUCCAGUAUGACCUGGUGGUGUCCACACCUGCUUCUGGGUUGGUCAGAACCUCGACCGUGUGUGCUAGGUGCAAGAUCGAGGUUGAGGGGCGCAAGUACAGGGUAAACCUCAUCUGUUUACCCUUGGUGGGGCUAGAUGUCAUCUUGGGAUGGAUUGGCUAUCUGCCAAUCACAUUCUCAUUGACUGCAACGAAAGGAAAACUGAGGGGACCCUUGGAGACGCCUGUAGUGGGGGAUUUCUCAGAUGUGUUUCCUGAGGAUGUGCCUGGCCUACCCCCUACUAGGGAGAUAGAGUUCUCCAUUGACCUGGUGCCAGGAGCAGGACCAGUGUCUAUAGCACCCUACAGAAUGGCUCCUGCUGAGCUAGUGGAGUUGAAGAAACAGAUUGAAGAGCUGCUAGAAAAACAGUUUAUCAGGCCGAGUGUAUCACCUUGGGGAGCGCCGGUGUUACUGGUUAAAAAGAAGGAUGGUAGUUCCAGACUCUGUGUGGAUUACAGGCAACUGAAUAAGUUAACCAUCAAGAACAAGUACCCUCUGCCAAGAAUUGACGACUUGAUGGAUCAGUUGCACGGUGCUGCAGUGUUCUCCAAGAUUGAUCUGAGAUCAGGAUACCAUCAGAUUCGAGUCAAGUCUGAUGAUGUGCAGAAGACCGCUUUCAGGUCCAGGCCAUUCCUAGACAAGUUUGUGGUGGUUUUCAUAGAUGACAUCUUGAUUACUCCGGACUCCAGAAGAACAUGCGGAGCAUCUGAAGAUAGUUCUGAGCAUACUGAGAGAGAAGCAGUUGUUACUAUAGGAGAUUCAUUGAAGGAUUCUCCAGAUAGCAGCACCCUUGACCCAGUAACCCGCAAGGAUCAACCUUUUGCUUGGACCGACCGGUGUGAAGAGAGCUUCCUAAAGCUAAAGCAAAAGUUGACUAGCGCUCCAGUGUUGGUGAUUCCUGAUACCGGUAAACCCUUUGAGGUUUACUGUGAUGCCUCAUCAGGGAUUGGGAUGUGUUCUGAUGCAAGAACGGAGAGUGGUGGCAUACGCCUCACGGCAGUUGAAGAAUCAUGA